AUGUCUGCGGAUGAAAAGAUAGGUGUUGGAACGCACGAAGAAUAUGAAGGCGAUGAGGCUUUCACGCAGGCAAUGUUGAAGAAGCCACCCAAAACAUGGUCAGGACGAUCCUUCAUACUAUACGCUUGUGCGCUAGUGGCUUUCUUUUGCAGCAUAUGCAACGGAUUCGAUGGCUCUAUGUUCAACUCUCUUCUCGCAAUGGAGCAUUUUAGGACGUAA